AUGUCUGAUAUUGAUCAAAUUUAUCGAAAUGAUAAUUUUCUUAAAAAAUUUCAAUGGUUGAAAUUUAUUAUAAUAUUAAUCGAUUCAGUAUUUCGUGGUAUAAGUCAAGUUAUGUUUGCAAAUAAUCCAUUAUCAGGUAUAAUAAUAGCAAUUGGAUUAGCUAUUGAUAAUUGGCAAUUAACACUUUAUGGAAUAUUUGGAACGACAAUAUCAACAUUAACAGCACAUUUUUUAAAUUUCAAUUAUAAUUCAAUUCGAGCUGGUUUAUAUGGUUAUAAUGGAUGUUUAACAGCUAUGGCUAUUGUUUAUUUUAGUUUAUAUGAAUUUCCACAUAUAAUUUUCUCGAUUAUUAUAAUGAGUAUAUUUUCAACAAUAUUUUUUGAAUCUAUAAGUAAAAUAUUUGUUAAUCAUCUCGGUAUUCCAUCGUUUACAUUUAGUUUUCAAAUAUCAAGUUGGAUAUUACUUCUCGGUGCUAUGAAAUAUCAAUAUGUUAUUGUUAAUGGAAAUAUUUUACAACCAACAUUAUUAACAACAGUUAACAAUAAAACUCAUUUAUCUAAUGUAUCUUUUUCUGAUUAUUCAUCUGAACAUAUUCUCAUUAGUUUUUUUACAAGUAUUUCACAAGUUUAUUUUGUUGAUAAUCCUUAUACGGGUGUUAUUAUUCUUAUUGGUAUUGCAUUAUGUUCAAAAAUUCUUGCUUUAUUUGCAUUAUUUGGAGCUAUUUCAGGUUCAUUAACUGCAGCGUUUCUAUUAAAAUUACCCGCACAAGCAAUUUAUCAUGGUCUAUGGGGUUUUAAUACAGUAUUGACAUGUCAAGCAUUAGGUGGCAUGUUUAUAGUUCUUUAUGGAUAUAAAAUUUGGUUAUUAAUAUUAUAUGGAACAAUAUCAACAGUAUUUGUUCAAGCAGCUGUAUCCUCAUUUCUAUCUGCAUCGGGUAUGCCAGCGUUUACAUUUCCAUUUACUUUUAUAUGUUGGAUAUUCUGUUUAAUGGUUCCUUCCAAAGAUUUAAUUCCAGUUAAGUUAUCCGAUUGUCGUAUUCCCGAAGAUCAUUAUUAUCGUUUUUGUUUAUCGAAAUUUAUUAAAAAUGAAUUUAAAUAUUUAAAUAUAUUAAAUAUAAUUUCAUCAUCUUCAAAUGAAGAUAUAACAAAUAAUGAAUUAUUAAAAAUUGAAAAAGAAUUUGUUCCAAUAUUAAUGUGUACAUAUGCAUAUCGAAAUGAUCUUAAUAAAAUGAAAAUAUUAUUUAAAAAAAUAGAUCAUAAUAUUAAUCUAAUUGAUUUUAAUAAUCGAACUCCUCUUCAUAUAAGUGCAUCGGAAGGAUAUAUGAAUAUAUGUCAAUGGCUGAUUGAAAAAGUAAAAAUAGAUAUAAAUAUAAUUGAUAAUUUUGGUUCAACACCAUUAUUUGAUGGAUUUAUAAAUGGAAAUUUUAAUGUUGCUAAUUAUCUGUUUUUAAAUGGUGGAAAAUUUCCAUUUACAAAAAAUAAAGAAUUAGCUUUUUAUUUAAAUGCAUUUAUUUAUGAAAAUAAUAUUGAAGCAGUUAAAUAUUUGCUUCAACUUGGUUUCAAUCCAAAUGAAACUGAUUAUGAUGGAAGAUAUUCGUUACAUUUAGCGGUUAAUACAGAAAAUCUUUCGAUUAUUCGUUAUUUAGUUGAACAAACAUCUAUUUCAUUUGAUAUUAAAGAUCAUUUUAAUCAGACGCCAUAUGAUUAUGCAUUAAAAUUAUCUCAACCUGGUAUUGCAAAUUAUUUAAACAAAGAAAAAUAUAUUACUAUAGAAAAAAAUAAAAAUAUUGAAAUUCUUAUUGAAACAAAUUCAUUUGAACAAAUAAAUAAUGAAAAAAAUAUUUCUACAAUAACUUUAGAAGAAAAUCUUUUACCAUAUCUUCUUUCUAUUAGUACAACAGAUAAAUUAUCUAAUUUUAUACAUGAACAUCCUGAUAUAAAUAUAUUUGAUUGUAUUGAUUAUGAUAAACGUUCUUUAACACAUUUAGCUGCUAUUAAUGGUCAAUAUGAAGUAUUUGAAUAUUAUCAACAAAAUUUUAAUCAAGAAGAUCGAUGGAAUUUAUCACCCUUGGAUUAUGCAAUUAUUAAUAAACAUAAUCGUAUUGUUAAUUCCAUGAAAGAAAAAGAAGAUCUAUCAUCUACUGAUAAUAAUAAAAUAGAAUACAAAGAUAAUUCAAUUAUUUAUCUUUUAAAAAAAUGGAAAAAAAUUUUUCUAUUCUUAACAUUAUCUGCAUCGGGAGAUGUCGAAAGAAUUGAAUCACUUUUUAAUCGAAAAUAUUUCAUUCAACAAGAAUUAUAUACUGAUUAUGAUGGAAGAACACCAAUGCAUUUAGCUGCAGCUUAUGGACAUAUGAAUGUUAUUCAACUUCUUAUUCGCCUUGGAUAUAACAAUGGAAUAAAUAAUAAGGAUCGUUGGGGAUAUACUCCUUUGGAUAUAGCUAAACAAAUGAAAUUUACUAAUAUUAUUGAUCAAUUUCAACAACAAUAG